AUGACAAGUUUAGUAUUGUUUAAUUCUGAGCCAGUACCAGCAGAUGAUUUCGUCAAGCCGGGCGUGGAUUGGGGUACUGCUAAGAAACGCAAUCGAUUGGCUAGUGAUCCAAGUCACACUCAUCCAGCAGGAACAUAUCUUUACAAAGGUGAACCAAUCGAGCAAAAUUAUCGAAAUACUGAUAUUACAUUGAGCAAUGUUCGAAUCAAUGAUGAAUUAAUACCUGCACCACAAACAGUUGAUGUAACGCCUCACCAAAUACCAUUGCAAUUUCCAGCCAAUCAUCCGUUUUCAUCACAUAUUAGCGAAAAAGCACUAUUUCCUAAUUCAAGUGCUAAUUUUGAUGAUCAUCCUUCGACAAGCAUGGAUCCGUAUAUGGUGCCACAAAAAGUUCGUGGUAAUCCAUUUCGUCGUGAAGUGCAUUAUCAAGGACUACAACGAGAACGAUAUCAAACUUCAAAAUGGCCGGAUAAACAAUAUAUGCAGUUACCUCGUUCAUCAAGCGAUGUUAGUUCAUCCCCGAUAUAUCCUUGGCCAAGAAAAAUGUUCGUACCAAAUGAUGAUAGUGCUUGUGAAAAUUCUGGCUCACAUAUAGUUAAAAAUAAAGAAAGAGCUUCAUUUGAAACAUCGUAUCAAAAUGAUUUUACCUAUGGUGAAGGUAUUGGUACACAUGUUGUAUUUGAUACAACAGCACAACUUCAGCCAACGGAAUAUUUAAAACCACAUUUCAAAAAAACACUUGAUCCAGCAAGACCUAUUGAUGGCGUACAAGCUGCUCAAAUUCAUGGAAAUCAUCGCAUACCAAGUGCAUUAGAAAAACAGAAAGCAUUACCACAAUACGGAUCAACAGAAACAAUACACCUAAUGAGUGAAACUGAAAAAUUUGAUGAUCAAUUGCGAAACGGAACUGAUUAUGUAAACUUACCGGCUCAUAUGUUUCCAAAAGAACGAGCACCAACAUGGAUUCCUCGAUCCGAAAAUUCCAAUACUAAUAAUAACGAACCACAAUCUGAAAUUCGUUAUCUUCAUCAUCUUCGGCCAUCUUCAGGAGUUCCACAAAUAGCGCGUGACCGGCAAGCAAGCAAUCAACAAAUGGAAGCUGAAAAUCGCCUUAAACAAUUAGAACUUAUUCGACCAGAAGAUAAUCUUAAGUUACUUAAUCUUAAAUUUCGUGUUCUUCAAUCUCCACGCCAUGGUCGACCCAUAUUACCACAAUAUAGAGAUCCAUACGUUAAUACCUUGUAUGAUCAACUUGGUACAUAUGUUCAAGAAAGGUCCGGUCUCUAUCAAACAGUAACCUAUGAUCCCAAUGCAUUAGUACAAGCAAUACCGGAUAUUGAAAAAUCAGAAAAUAACGAACAAGAAAAUGAUCACUUAUUAAAAGACGACAAUCAUCUUGGUGAUCUAUUAGACUACGGUGAACAAACACAAGACAAAUCAAAACCAAAUUUAUUUCAAUAUAAAACUUUUCAAGAUUAUCAACAAAUGCGGAGUCGUCUUCUCAAUAAAUGCCGUGUUCCACAAGAUGCCAAUACUGUGAAUACUCGUAUUCAAGAAGGUAAUCCACCAUUUAUUCAACGCGAAUCAACCUAUGGUGACUCGUAUAAUACGCGAAAGUUUCUUCAAGAAAAUAUUUUGUCUUCUGACGCACGUUCUGAUCCAACUAGUUUAAUGAGUACACGAUAUAAUACGAAUAUUGAACGAGCACGAAGCAUGAAUAGUUAUCCUAUGAAAGCAACGCGUAGUCUAUCACUUGACACUAAUGAUCAUAACAAUAAUAAUAAUAAUAAUAAAGAAAAAUCAAAUGAUAUUACUGUUGGUCCACUUCUGCAUCCAUCACCGUACGAUGAAUUAUAUGCGACAAACCAUAUAACUGAACAUACAAAUGGUUAUUCUCGACGAUCAGAGAAUCGUAUUUAUGAUUCACCGUUUAAAAAUAAAGGUGAUAUGCUUGCCUAUAAAUUUUAUGAGAAAAAACAAACAUCCAUUGCACCCUAUCUACAAGUAGCAGAUCCACUUUCACGUGAAGUUAAAACGCCAGUACGUCUUCCUGGCCCAGAAAUAGUUGCACGUUUUGUUGAUCCAAAAUUAGCAAAACAUUCAACUUAUCAACAAUCCUAUAAAGAUUUAGCUUUUCAUGAAAAUAUACCAUCGAUGCAAGAUUCACGACUAAGUCUCGAUGAAAGUUAUUUAUCAAUGAAAGAUAGCGAUCCAAGAUUUGGUCGAACUGCCGACGGUCGUGUUAAACAAUGGAAAUUAAUUGAUCUUCAGGAUCGUUGGACAAAAACAAAAGCACAACGACAAUACCAUAUGGAUCAUCCAGAAUCUGUACCGUAUGUCGGCGAUGGAACCGUGCAGGCGAAGAAAGAAAUUGUCAUUGCUGAUAUUGUCGAGCGACAAAGAAUGAUGACAGUGCGAUAA